CGUGCUUCGAAACACACACCGCGCCGCGACGAAACGCGGACGAUGCCAUGGGCCCGUCUUCUCUUGGCCUACCUCAGCCUUUGCGGCGCGGACGAUGCGGGCUUGGUGGUGUCCAAGCGCCGCAAGCAGCGGCCCAAGGGCGCGCUGGCGGUGGCCCGCGAUAUCGAGACACGAGUCGUAGAGGCCGGUGGCAACACCGCAGGCGUAUUGGUGGCAUCCUUGUCUUGGACCUCCGCGGACGACCUGGACUUGCACAUGGUUUUGCCCAGUGGCCAGGAGAUCAACUACCGAAACAAGAAACUCGGAGCUGGGGAGCUGGAUGUGGACAUGUGCGUCCAAGGCCGGCAUAGUGGCAAAUGCGCUGACCGGCCGGUGGAGAACAUCGUCUUCGAUGAGGAGCCACUUGCGGGGAGGUACAAGAUCUAUGUACAGAACUUCAACUACCACUUGAACACCCUACCGGAGAACAUGCAGGUGGCGCGCAUGCAGGAGGGCCUCAAGACCUCCAGCGAGGAGCGGCAGCUGAGGCUCACGCAGGACCGUCCCGUGGUUUUCGACCUGCUGCUCAAGGUGCAUGGCGUUCAGAAGCUCUUUGAGGGUCUCUGCACGCCAACGGGCAAGACGCUCACCAAUAGUGAUGUUACAGUGUUCGAGUUCGACUACGACCCCAGCCAGGAGGACAUCGUGAGCCGCUUCGAAGGCACCCCCGCCCCUGAGUGCCAGUCCUACCUCGAGCGCCUGGCCCUCGCGGCGCCCAAGCCGAAAUCGUCCAAAGCGACGCCGGCGCUGGGCAACGGCGGCAACGGCAACCAGGUGAAAGAGCGCAGGGCCAAAGAGAAAGAGUCCAAGCGCGGGAAGAAGGACAAGAAGGCGAAGGCGGACGCGCGGUCCGCGGCCUUGGCGGCCGUGCGCCAAGCGCCGAGAGAGCUGCUGGCAGCGAAGCCCAUCUCAGCGCUGCGGGCGCUGCUGGUGGACUUGCAGGCGGCGUGCAAAGGCUGCGCCGAGAAGUCGGAGCUGGUGGACAAGCUGAUGGAAGUGGCCGGCCACCCAGAGCUCUGAGACGAGCCGGGUUGCCCCUUUGGCCAAGCGUUUGCUUUACUCCUGCCAGCAUGGAACCCGACUGGGGGCAGUUGGAAGACCUGCUUCCUCUAAAACGGGGCCCUCUGGGUUUUGUGCGGGUUGGUGGGAGGGUAGGUUGCUUGAAUUUCAGGCGAUUGUGCGGUUUUCGAAGUGGGGAGCCCGCGGUGUGCCUUAUAUGCGCCGCGCUUGGG